AGGGUGGACAUGCCCUCAUCUUCCUCUUGUUUAUAAUACAUUUAACCGACAAACUCUAAAAGGGGUAGGAGGAGGAGGAGGGUAAGGGACCAUGAACCAGCCACCAUCUUGCGAGCAGGUGAUGUUGGGUCAGCCAUACACCAUUGACCCUAUCAGCAUGCAGCUAUACCCUUCCACCUGCCUCCAGAAUUAUGUCUUCCAACAAACCUCCACCGCCCCUUCUGCUCCACCACUAUCCGAUCCAACCUCUCCUAACAAUACCCCAGGGGCUAACAAUACCCCAGGGGCUAACAAUACCCCAGGGGCCAACUAUACCCCAGGGGCCAACUAUACCCAGGAUUGGAACCAUUACGGCCUCAACCCCAUCACCAACCUUCACCAAAUCUACCUCAGUUAUCGGAAAGAUAACGCAUACGUCUUCACCGACACCACCCAGAAUUUACUGUACACGGCGAUUAUCGAUAUGGAGACGUCGUGCUUUUGCAUCAGUUUGGAAAAGGGACCGGGAGUAACCUUCAAUCUAGCCAGCAGAAAUGGCCAACACGUUCUGGACAUUCACCGCCACACCGAAAUUUCUUGCUGUUCCUCCUUAGAGAUGUUCGUCACCACCACCAUCUCCCCAGACAUCACCUUGGGCACAGUGGAGGGAACUAGGGACUACUUUACCCUCAGCAAUGUAUCUGGGGACGUGCUGUGUGAGGUUGUCAAGGAGGAGGAGAGAUGUUGUAUGUGUCGAUCAGCACCAUACCAG